CGACUAAUGUUUAAUGCUUGCUGUGUAUAAGCCGCAUUAGGUUGAAAUAUUCCUUGGUUGACAUUGCUGUAUAAUCCGCCGACUGGGGAUUAUCGUUUUAAUUAGUUGCAUUCAAUUAACACGACUUGAAUUAACACCGAUUGAGGAAACACAACAGUUGGUACUGCAGUGUGUGUUGUAUACAAGCUUACCCGGAGGACUGGAAUUAGGAUGGAAACAAACUCUCUCCUGAUUUGUGAAAUUUCUAAAGCUUCACUCGGUUCCAACUUUGAGUAGUUUUCGGGAAAACAUAAAAUCUGGAUAUAUUUUGAUUUGAUCUUAAUUUCAUAUGGUGUGCAACAGUGCAUUAUUAAUUAAAUAAAUGCUACAGAAAUCAGAACCAGGACGGGAAGAAUAGUGAAAUAACUUCCAAAUGUAACGCUGCAGUAUUUCAUUGUGUACACAUUAUAUCCCAGAGAAAAGCGCUGGAUUGUAUUCUUCGGGUGGAAGAACAGAGAUACAGCUCCACAUUACACUUUGUAGUAAUUAACCAAUCUACCCCAAGUCUGAUCCCGCAUUGUACGGUUUGUGAUGUCCAAAGCUAAAGGGUCAUUUUUCAAUGUUGCCAACAAAAUCAAGAUGGGAAAGAAAGUUGAGAAAUCUCUGAAGGGCGAGAAGAACCAGUCGGCCGUUAGUCAGGAUGAGGAAGACCCCAACAAAACACCAGAACCCUACAGUUGUACGGGAAACUUCCAAGCCGACUUCACAGAGUUGUGUCGCCGUACCGGCAUGGCCACCAUUCCCGCCGUGGUUCACCGAGCCCGACCUCCCACGCAGGCAGCACCUGAGAGCAGCAAACCAGAAAAGGGGAAAGAUAAAGGCAAGAGUGCGAUCACUGAACCGGAACCAGAGCCAGAACUGGACACGGAGGGUGAAAAUGCGGAACCACCUCCCAAAACGUACGUCGUCAAGGAUAAAUUUGAGUUCUUUAAGCCGUGUGUCCAGGUAGAAAUGGAGAACUACGAUAAAGGGGAAACUGUGACAGAGAUCUACAUCAGGGGUUGGAAAAUUGAUGAUGUGAUGAUGAACACUCUGAAACAGUGCUGGUCAGUGAUGGAGAAACUUCACACAAUAAAUUUGUGGAACACAGGUUUAAAUGGUGAAACUGUCAGUAUAAUGGCCAGCACACUGCCUAGUAUUGUCAAUCUCAGGACAUUAAUUCUGGAUGGAAAUGUUGUGAAAGAAGAAAACUGGCAUGAACUGAUCACAGACGAGAGCCCGGUACAGAACCUGUCCCUGAGACACUGUGGAAUCACAGAUCUGGGGGCCAAAUCUAUCGGGGAGGCGCUGGGGACAGUCAAACGGGCCAACACUAAACUGGUCUCCCUCAACCUGGCAGGGAACCAGAUUUCUGACCAAGGAGCCGUGGAUAUUGCUAACGGUCUCAGGAUGAACCGUACGCUGAUGUCUCUCUCUCUAGCCAGUAACCAGAUCGGGGAUAAAGGCGCAGUUAAACUAGGGGAGGUUUUGUCCAGGUUUCCAUUGUCACACGAGGAGGUGGUAGAGAGGAGGAAACAGAAAUCUUCAAUGGGUUCUCCUGACAGAAACAAGUCUCCCCCUCCUAGUCGUCGUGCGGACUCCAAGGACAGACCCGGCAGUGUCAGAAGUAGUUCCCAACACGAUAAAAACGACAAGUCCAAGCAGAAACAGUCGGCCAAAACCAAAAAGGAUGCUGGUAAAGGGGGGAAGGAGCCGGCCAAAGAGGAGGAGAAACACGACAAGUCCAAAGGCAAAAAGGAUGACAAGGGGGCGGCCAAGAAAGAUACCAAGAGUGGAAAAGCAGUAGAGGAGGAAUCGAGGAAAACUCAGCAUCGCGGGUCGAUAUCUAAAGACAAAGGUGGGAACACUACGGGCCGAAGUUCUGGAGCAGCCACUAUGCGUUUGGUCACCUCUUUUGCCGCAUCGUUAGUGGCGGAUACCAAGAAUGCGGCCAAAGGGAAAACUAAAGGAAAGGACAAAGGGAAACCUUCACAGGCCGAACCAGAGGACAUGGGUGACUCCUCCUUCAUCAACCCUCUCACAGACGAGGCAGACUUCAUUGAGGGUCAGCUAUGGGUGCCCGGCAACAGACUCCUAAUCAACCUGAACUUGUCUCGUAAUCAGAUCGGAGAGCAGGGCAUGGCGGCCAUUUUGAAAGCGAUGCAAUACCAGACGACUCUGUCUCUAGGAAGUAAAUCAGGCGGGACCGGAUUGAUGCGGAUCUGUGUGUUUAAAAACAAGAUUUCCUCGGAGAGCGACAUUGUCCGGAAGAUCAAUGAUAUAAUGCUUCCAAAGGAUCCGUUCUACAAGCCGCCGCCACAGACACCGGAAGUAGAUUCUACGUCAUAAAAGAAUCCGAAAAAAACUCAACUGUGCUGACUGUAAAUUAUGAAUUCAAAAAUAGUUGUAAUAUUUUAUGAGUAUGAAUGUGGAGAGUUAUAAAUAUGUAUUUUAAAGGGUCUUUUAAAUAUAUUUUUAUUUUGUAAAUUGAUUUUCUGUUCCCUUCCUUAAUAAGCUGACUCAAAAUUAUGAAAGAAAAGAUAUUUGUUAUAGGUCAAUAUUUUGGGCGUGAAUGUUGUGUGUUGAGUCAAUAUUUUUACUUCAUGAAUCGUAUGAAUGAUUGUAAUUUGUUUAUACGGGAGAGCAUUGUUGUGAGUGGAGUACCGAUUUAUUUGUCGAGAUGCGUUCCCCAGCAUCGACUGUCCAUUCAGAAAUUUAAAGCGUGUGAUACCGAUAUACGUCUUCUGUACACGUGUUCUUAAUUGUACAUACAGAUUUAUUUCAUGGAGAUUCAAAAAGUACUGAUUUAUUUUUUGCCGGGAGAAGUCUCCCAGAAUCAACCGUCCAUUCAAAACUCAGCCUGUGAUACUGAUGUUAUGUACACGUGUUCUUUAUUGUAUGUUAUAAAUAUACAAACAUAUUUAUUAAAUACAUUGUUUUAUUGUACUUUUUUAUUGAUUUGCUCUCAGUAAAACAAAUUCAAAACUGA